AUGCCGAAGGUUCACCUGCUUGAUUAUGUAGCUGGGAACGUCCGCUCACUGGUCAAUGCCGUGGAAAAAUUAGGAUAUGAAGUUGAAUGGGUCAAGUCCCCUCAAGAUGUGAAAAACGCCGAAAAACUGAUAUUACCUGGCGUCGGACAUUUCGGCCAUUGCGUGACCCAGCUUUCGAAUGGGGGGUUCCUUGAACCCAUCAGCGAACACAUACGGUCUGGAAAACCGUUUAUGGGAAUUUGUGUCGGCCUCCAGGUUCUAUGUCAAGGCUCCGCUGAAGCUCCCGGUAUCAAAGGGCUGGGCUUAUUUCCAGCCACUUUGACACGGUUCAAUUCGUCCUGUAAAAGUGUCCCCCAUAUUGGCUGGAAUUCAGCAAAAUGCGAAAGUGUUGGUCAAGCAAAAUCACAGACAUUUUACGGCUUGAGUCCAGAAAGCAAAUACUAUUAUGUGCACUCAUAUGCUAUCCCUUACCAAAAUGGCAUGUUUCACAACAACGAAUGGGAUCUAGCCACAGCAACAUAUGGAGAAGAGACCUUUGUCGGCGCUAUCUGUCGAGGGAAUGUUUUCGCUACUCAAUUUCACCCGGAAAAAAGUGGACCGGCUGGGUUGCGCACUCUGCAAGCUUUCCUGACAGGAAAUAGAAGCUCCAUUGAACCUUCACCAGUGGCCCCAUGCACGGAAGGUCUUACACGGCGGAUAAUUGCUUGCCUAGACGUUCGAGCCAACGACGAAGGGGACCUGGUUGUUACAAAAGGAGAUAAGUACGAUGUGCGCGAGAAGAAUGCAGAUGAUAAGCGUGGCAAGGUCAGGAAUCUUGGUAAACCGGUUGAUAUGGCAAGGCGAUAUUACCAACAGGGUGCCGAUGAGAUCGUUUUUUUGAACAUCACGUCCUUCCGAAACUGCCCAUUAGUCGAUACACCGAUGCUUGAAGUUCUUCGUCAGACAGCCGAAACGGUUUUCGUCCCAUUAACCAUUGGCGGCGGGAUUAGAGACACUAUUGACACUGAUGGCACCCAUGUCUCUGCACUGGACGUUGCAACAAUGUAUUUCAAGUCAGGCGCGGACAAGGUUAGCAUUGGCUCAGAUGCGGUGAUUGCCGCUGAGCAAUACUACGCGUCUGGCAAACACCUUUCUGGCACUACAACAAUUGAGUCGAUAUCGACUACUUACGGCAACCAAGCUGUGGUGGUUAGUGUGGACCCUAGACGGGUAUACGUCCGAAGUCCGGGCGAUACUGAGCACCAUACGAUCUGGACAGAAUACCCGGACAAAGACGGAAACCGAUACUGCUGGUACCAAUGUACAAUUAAAGGGGGUAGGGAAGGGAGAGAUAUCGACGUGCGGCAGUUGAUCGAAGCUGUUGAAGACAUGGGUGCUGGGGAAAUAUUACUGAAUUGCAUCGACAAAGAUGGCGCUGGUACUGGAUUUGAUCUCGAAUUAAUCAAGGACGUCAAAUCUUUCUCUACGAUACCAAUAAUUGCAUCUAGUGGUGCAGGUAACCCGGCUCAUUUCAAAGAGGUGUUUGAACAAACUGAAGCUGAUGCUGCACUUGGAGCUGGCAUGUUUCAUCGUGGAUCCUAUGCUGUUUCCGAGGUUAAAGACUACCUCCAAACAAAUAACUUAGUUGUCCGCCCACUCAAUGACAUACAAAUGUCAGUAUAA